AUGGCCUGUGGCACCGGCAAAACACUCAUGAUCCGAGUGCUGGCCCAGAACGUGUCCGGCAAGGUGUUGGUCAUUGUGCCAUCCCGGUUGCUGCUGGAGCAGUUCGCUCCAGAGUUUCCAACUUUCUGCAAGGUCGGCACCGGCUACAACAAGAAUAUAAACCAAAGUGCUUUGGGCUUCAUUGCAGUCUCGGAUUCCGUCAAAUUUCUCAAGAACAUAACGUUCGCAGCAAUCUUCGUGGAUGAAGCCCACCAUCCCCUGCCACCGGGGAUGCCAGACAGCAAUCUGCGACUCAUCGCACUACUGCUCAGUUUGCAUAUGACAUGGGCCAAGCUAUAG